AUGCCGUUGAUCAGCGAUCUGUUGGAAGAUCUGGAUAAAGCUCUAUGGUACUGUUCGCUAGACAUGGCUAGUGGAUUUUGGGUCGUCGAAAUGACUGAACGAGCAAAACUGAUCUCAGCGUUUGUCACACCGUUUGGCUUGUUCGAGUGGCUGCGAAUGCCUUUUGGGCUUAAGAACGCGCCCCAGAUCUACCAACGUCUGGUGGACAAUGCGUUGUAUGGAUAUCUCAAGAUCGGCCAGAGAUCAGCUUCUGAUGGCCCGAUUGACGUGUUCAAAGAUGGAGAACCUGAGACAGAUCGACGACCGUCUAUACUGGGACGCCGAUCUUACAUUGACGAUAUUCUCAUACCAGCCACGUCAUGGGGAUCUUUGUACACAAAAGUAGAACGGUUGCUGGAGGCAUGUGAUAAGUGGAAUCUGUCUAUCAGCCUCACGAAGAGUUUUUGGGGGUGCCGUAAGGUCGAUUAUUUGGGACAUCGAGUGUCGAUGGAUGGUCUGGAGGCUCAGCCUAAGAACCUAGAGUCGUUGGUUAACAUCCCGUUUCCUAGCACGCUACGAGCUAUGCAAUCCUUUCUCGGGAGCUUGAACUACUACCGUCGCUUCAUUGAGGAUUUCGCGGUGUAUGCCGCGGUGUUGUAUGAGUUAAGAGAAUCGGAUUUCUUCGAGAUCGGCCGAUCUCAGCUUGCAGCAGGAGACGAAUGCUCCAACGAGGGUCGAUGGACGGAAGCCAAGGUUGCUUUCACUAUGCUAAAAGCUAAGAUAGCUACAGCUCCUAUGCUCAAGCAUUUCGACCCAGAUCGGUCCCCCGUAAUCGUGGUCUACGCUAGCAAGUGGGCUGUCUCAGCGGCCCUGAUACAGGAGUACGAUGGCGUGUACCAUCCGGUGACGUUUACUAGCCGCACUUUAAAGCCUAAUGAGCUUAACUACGGAAUGGUAGAAAAAGAAGUGCUGGCGCUACUUCGUGUGUUGGAUGUAUGCUAUACUACGCUUGCCUCGCGGGAGAUCACUGUACUGACCCGACAUUCUACGUUAGCCUGGUUGAUGCAGUCUCGAGGGCUCAACGGGAGAUUAGGACGGUGGGCUGCUUUGUUGUCAAAUUGGACUAUGGAGGUGAAGAAAUGUGAAAGAGGAGAGGAAGAAAUCCUGGGCAUGUUAGCAGCGAGUAUCACUCCGAGAGGAGAGGUGGAAGAGAUGCUGAUUGCGAUCUCCCCACGAAAAGACUGUCGACUCAAAAUAUCGAUGCCUCCUCCAACGGUGGAAACAGAUGAGGAGUUGCUGGUGGCCAGUUUCGAUGGAUCGGCUAGGAUAAAAAAGAAAGGAGGGUCGCUCAGUGCCGUGAUAUGGAAGUUACCCGAAUGGACGAUCGUGGCGGCCGAAUCGAGAUAUGUUCACGAUCUGACUGUGAAUGAAGCUGAGUAUAAUGGCUUGCUACUGUGCUUUGAGUUACUCGCCGAUCUGGAUAGGGGGCGAGUAAUACUGUGUGGAGAUUCCAGUCUGGUGAUUCGACAGAUGCGCGGUGAGAUCGACUGCAAGGCACCGGGCCUUCAGCUUCUGAGACACAAAGCGUUGGAGAAGCUGCAGUCAUGGCCUAGUCACGAGUUUCUGCAUAUGAAGCGAGAGUGGAAUCAGAGCGCAGAUCGACUAGCCAGCACAGCAUUGCAGAGCGAAAAGGGAAGAACGGUUGUAGCUGAAGAGGAUAGGCAAGAUCUGAUGACUCUGAACCGUCUCGACGAAUUGUUGAAGCCCAAGCAAGAUGGUCAGCUAGCUCGGGUAACUGCGAUCGCGAGAUCAGCCAGGAGGAUACGUCAUGAACCUGAAGUGAUACAGGAGGAGAUAGUACAGAGGAUCAGGAUAAAACGAAUUGUCCAAGCUCAAGAUGAAGAGCGUUGGAUUGUCAAUCUCAAGACAUAUCUAAGUGGCGAUGUAUCAAACUUGGAUGCGGUAGAAGUGAAGACGUGCGCCAAACUGGCGCCGGAUUACGAGAUCGAUGAGAACAAUCUGCUAUUUUUUUGCCCCAUGGCAAAAAGAGAGUCGGAAGAUCGCGAUGGUUUGAUGCGGUUGGUGAUCCCUGAGACGUUGCAGCAGGAUUUUUUGCAUCACUAUCACACGAGUCUGGAAGGAGGCCAUCAGGGUAUUGGCCGAACCUAUCAGAGGAUCAGAUCGCGAUUUCAUUGGAGAGGACUGUAUCGGAGCGUUCAACGAUAUGUGGGCGAAUGUACCGACUGUGAGACCGGGAAAGGAAACCCGAUGAUUAAUGGGAAAUCCCCGGGCAAUCUACACGCAACCUAUCCAUUCCAGAUCAUCGCCAUGGAUCAUAUACCGUCGUUGCCCAAGUCCAUCAAGGGGAACACCGAACUGCUCAUUUGGGUCGACCUUUUCUCGGGAUAUGUGAUUGCAAAGGCUAGCUCCUCUCGGACGGCACAAACAAUAGCGGAGAAUUACGAAGAAUGUGUGUUUCGACGCUUCGGAGCUAGCGAGGCUAUCAGGCACGAUCGAGAACCGGGAUUUAUGUCCGACUUCUUUCGAGCCUUCAGUCGGAUCGUAGGACAAAAACAGCGUGCUACUAUGGCUUACAGGCCACAAGCAAAUGGAACAGCCGAACGAAUGGUGCAAACCCUGACACAUUCGCUCAAGAUGUACGUGGCUGAAGUUGACCAGCGAGACUGGGAUGAGUAUGCUGAGCGGCUCACCUUUGCCAUUAACACUGCACAAGAUCGGUGUUGA